CUCUGAAUUCCAAGGGGGGAUAUCACCGGACACCCACCCCACCCAACCACACACCCGGCGCAGGUACGUACCUCCCCUGAAUUCCACUGCCACGGCGCAACAUCACGUACGCCGGUACGCGCCCCCAUUUUUUCGUCGCGCACGGCGCCCGUACGUUACCACCGCUCCCGCUUUUUUUUUUAUGCGUUUUAUCUCCUCCUCCCGCGAGCCGAUCUCGCCGCUGUCGUCUCCCGAGCGAGGAGGAGUCGUGCGCUGUGCUGCACUGCUGCUGGAGGAAAAGAGAGCGCUCUGUCGUGGAUGGGGUGCAAGGGGUCGAAGCACGCGUUGCAUGGGGUGCCGCCGCGGCCGGCGGAGAAGCGGCGGCGCUCCGCCACGGUGUCCGCGACGCUGGCGGCGCUCAGCCUCGACCGCGCGUCGGUUUCUUUCGCCGGCGUAGGGGAGGGGAUGAUGGCGGUGAAGGGGCGACGCAACGACGGGAAGGGCGGCGUCGGUGGUGGUGGUGGGCGGUGUAACGCGUCGGGGGCGGUGGGGCAGGAGAGGAGGUGCAGGAGGGUGCCGCCGCGGACGCCGACCAAGACGCCGCUACGUGCGCCGGAGGAGAUUAAUGUGUGGGAGCUCAUGGCUGGGCUCGGUGACGAGGAGGACGAGGAGGAGGAGGAUGAGGAGGAGGUGGUGGAUGGCCAUGGCGGCGAGAGGGAAGUGAAGUCGGCGCCCGGAUCGCCGGCGUUCGAUCCGGAUGUCAUGGCCGUCUUCAGGAAGGCGGUCGAGCAGUUGCCGCCAGCGUCACCUCCUCGGGUCGACGACGGAGCCGCCGCAGCCGUCGCCAAGAAGAGUGAAAUCCAGAUGUUCCCCGGCGUGGUGCGGGCUCGGAUCAUUCUGUUCCAGAAAGAGAUCGACGCCAAGUUGGCCAAGAAGGCGGCGGCGCCUCCCCCGCCGCCGCCGCCGCCGGAGAGCGCGCGGCGGGUCGUGGUGUACCUCACCAGCCUCCGCGGCAUCCGCCAGACGUACGAGGACUGCUGCGCCACGACUGCCAUCCUCCGCAGCUACGGCGUGCGCGUCGACGAGCGCGACCUGUCGUUGCACGCCGGGUACAAGGACGAGCUCCGCGCGGCGCUCGGCGGCGCCGGCGCCCUCGCCGUGCAGCCCGGACACCGCGGCAGGCUACUCCCGCAGGUGUUCGUCGACGGCUGCCACCUGGGCGGCGCCGAGGACGUCCGCCGCAUGCACGAGUCCGGGGAGCUGACGAACACCCUCCUCAAGUCCUGCGACAUGGCGGCACCGGCCGCCGCUGCCGUGGGAAAGGGAGGACGCCAUCUCGAGCCGUCGGAGCCGUGCGGCCGCUGCGGCGGGGUGCGGUUCGUGCCCUGCGACGCGUGUUCCGGCAGCUGCAAGGUGUUCGUCGUCGAGGACGAGGACGGCGGUGGCGGCUGCUCCGGUGCCGGAGCGUUCAGGAGGUGCCCCGAGUGCAACGAGAACGGCCUUGUGAGAUGCCCCGUCUGCUAGUGAAACGUUCUGAAAUUGAUUUGAUCGGUUUCAUUUCUGCGCAUUUUUUCUCUUUUUUUGGGCAUUUUUUCUCUUUUUUGUGCGCCUUUUUCUCGAGGAGUUUUGAGUUUUGACUGAGGUAUUUGCUCAUGCUGUACCGUAAUUUGUACAUAUAAACACGAAAUUUAGACAUCACUGUAGACAGACUGUAAUUUGUUGCAAUGGCGUGUGUACUUUGAUCCAGUUUGUUUCGGUUUAGAAUUAUUGUAAUCCAUAUUAUAGAAAUAAUCUAAAACAGAAAUUAUUA